CUUCCUGGUGAUGGUGUACCUAGUUGUGUCCGGGGCAUAUAUCAGUUUCCUGGUAAUGGUGUUCCUGGUUGUGUGCUGCAAAUAUCGCCAACGCUUCAGGCAAAAAAGUGUCACCCAGACAGAGGACGUCGUGUGCGACUCUGUUGACGACAUGGGUGGUGAACCUGUUGUGGAGCUGGAAUGGUAUUCUGAGAUACAAUGCGGGUCACCUGAUGGAAACUGUGGAAGUGGAGGUGCAGCUGGUGGAGCGGAUGAUGUUUAUGACGUUGCAGAUGUAGGCAGGCGGGAACUUGAUGCUGUCUGUGGCAACAUAUACUCCAAAAUUUCACGUGCUUAGAGUGAGUGAGUUGGGUUUAACGCCU